CGGCCAGAUAAGGACCUGCCUCUUCCACAGUCGGGGAAGACUCGGGGCCAAGAUGGCGACAGGGACGGGCAAACACAAGCUGCUGAGUACUGGCCCCACAGAGCCCUGGUCUAUUCGGGAGAAGCUAUGUCUGGCCUCCUCUGUCAUGAGGAGUGGAGAUCAAAACUGGGUGUCAGUUAGCAGAGCAAUCAAGCCCUUUGCUGAACCUGGCCGACCUCCUGACUGGUUCUCUCAGAAACAUUGUGCUUCCCAGUAUUCGGAACUUCUAGAGACCACUGAGACCCCAAAGCGGAAACGUGGUGAAAAGGGGGAAGUGGUAGAAACAGUAGAAGAUGUUAUUGUUCGGAAACUGACUGCUGAAAGAGUUGAAGAGCUGAAAAAAGUAAUUAAGGAGACACAGGAAAAAUACAGACAACUGAAGAAAGAUGCAGAACUUAUCCAAGCUGGACAUAUGGACAACAGACUGGAUGAACUAUACAAUGACAUUGCAAUGAAAAAGAAACUGGAGGAAGAAGAGGCUGAAGUGAAGAGGAAGGCUACAGAUGCUGCAUAUCAGGCUCGACAGGCAGUGAAAACACCUCCUCGGAGGUUACCGAGUGUGAUGGUCCGAUCCCCUGCAGGCUCUACUUCUCCAGGAGGUGACUAUCCACUGAGCGACUUGACUCCAUCAGCUAUUGAAGAGGCCAGUCCUGGAGUAACCCCUGGGACACUGCCGAAUACCCCAGUUACCUCGUUUCCUGGGAUUCCUGAUACCCCUCCUCCAGGCUCUGCACCCUUAGAAGCCCCCAUGACCCCAGUUACAGAUGACUCACCCCAGAAAAAGAUGCUUGGACAGAAAGCAACUCCACCCCCCUCCCCUCUGCUGUCAGAGCUCUUGAAGAAGGGCAGCCUCCUGCCUACUAGCCCCAGACUGGUCAGUGAGAGUGAGAUGACUGUGGCUUCUGGCCACCUGAACAGUGCAGGUGUUCUCCUAGAGGUAGGCGGGGUCCUUCCUAUGAUGCAUGGAGGGGAAAUGCAGUCAACACCCAGCACUGUUGCAGCCUCUCCUGCUGCCUCAGGUGCUCCUACUCUUUCCCGGCUUUUAGAAGCUGGUCCUACACAGUUCACCACACCUCUCACUUCCUUCUCUGCUGUUGCCAGUGAGUCUCCAGCUAAACUUCUACCACCCCCUGUAGAGUCUGUACCCCAGGCUACCAUUGUCAUGAUGCCUGCCCUGCCAGCACCAUCCUCUGCUACAGCUGCUGCCACAUCAGAAAGUGUAGUUCCAGUAAGUCAGCCUGACACUCGUGUACCUAUGGAGGCUGUGAGCGAUCAGCACACUGUGACUGUUUCCAUGGACAGCAGUGAAAUCUCUAUGAUCAUCAAUUCUAUAAAAGAGGAAUGUUUCCGAUCUGGGGCAGCUGAGGCCUCUGGAGGAUCAAAAGCCCCCAGCAUUGAUGGGAAAGAAGAUUUGGACCUGGCAGAGAAGAUGGACAUUGCUGUAUCUUACACAGGAGAAGAGCUGGACUUUGAGACUGUGGGAGAUAUCAUUGCCAUUAUUGAGGACAAGGUGGAUGACCAUCCAGAAGUCCUGGAUGUGGCAGCUGUGGAAGCUGCCCUGUCAUUCUGUGAAGAAAAUGAUGAUCCCCAGUCUCUGCCUGGCCCUUGGGAACAUUCUCUUCAACGGGAGCAUUCUCUUCAACCAGAGCAGGAGAAGCCAAUCCCUCCUCCCCCUGCAGACAUGACAGUCAAGCAGGAAAGGCUUGACUUUGAGGAACCAGAGACCAAGGGAAUCCGUGAUCUGGUGGACAUUGUGGAACCAAGUGUUGAGGUCAAGGACGAACCAGCAGAGCCGGAGCCCAGUCAUCCCAGCCCUGAAUCACCAGCUGGAGUUGUUAUAACUGCAAAUGCAGAGCCACCUGACCUUAGAAGUCAAGAUGUAGAAGAGGAACCCAGAGAACCCAGAGGUGCUGCUGCUAUUGCUGCUGCUGCUGCCACAGUCAGCACUGCUACCACCGUCACCACUGCUGCUGUUGCUGCUGCUGCUGUUGCAGCAGAGAUUCCUGAAAUGGAGACCUUGAUUGGGAAAGUUGAUGAGACGGCACAUUCCACAGUAAAGAUAGAGGCUUCUCCUGACAGUGUGAUGUCUCUCCCGCAUGGUCAGAAUCCCAACGAAGAACCUUCAGAGACAGAUAAUCAGCACAAGUUUGAGUUGUCAGAUUCGAUGAAAGAAGAAUCAGGAACCAUUUUUGGAAGCCAGAUAAAGGAUGCCCCAGGUGAGGAUGAAGAUGAAGAUGGGGCCAGUGAAGCUGCCAGCCUAGAAGAACCUAAGGAGGAAGACCAGGGAGAGGGUUAUCUGUCUGAAAUGGACAACGAGCCUCCUGUGAGCGAGAGUGAUGAUGGCUUUAGUAUUCACAAUGCUACUCUUCAGUCCCACACUUUAGCAGACUCCAUCCCCAGUAGCCCUGCAUCUUCACAGUUUUCUGUUUGUAGUGAAGAUCAGGAAGCAAUUCAGGCCCAGAAGAUAUGGAAGAAAGCUAUCAUGCUGGUAUGGAGAGCUGCAGCCAAUCACAGGUAUGCCAAUGUCUUCUUGCAACCUGUCACAGAUGACAUAGCACCUGGCUACCACAGCAUUGUACAGAGGCCUAUGGAUUUGUCAACCAUUAAGAAGAACAUUGAGAACGGGCUAAUAAGGACAACAGCUGAAUUCCAGCGAGACAUCAUGCUGAUGUUCCAGAAUGCUGUGAUGUACAAUAGCUCUGACCAUGAUGUCUACCACAUGGCUGUGGAGAUGCAGAGGGAUGUUUUGGAACAAAUCCAGCAAUUCCUGGCCACACAGCUGAUCAUGCAGACAUCUGAGUCUGGAAUCAGUGCCAAAAGCCUUCGAGGGAGGGAUUCUACCCGCAAACAGGAUGCUUCAGAGAAGCACGGUGGACGUUUUCUCCCAAACCAAACAUUGAAGAAGCCGGGAGUGACUGAGAGAGACAGAUCCAGUCACUUGGGGGAAACCGACAGUGUCCCCAUGGGCUCUCCUGCCUUCCUUCUCUCUCUCUUUGAUGGGGGCACAAGGGGGCGCCGCUGCGCCAUUGAAGCCGACUUGAAGAUGAAGAAAUGAGGCUUUAGAUCGCCUUUCUGUGUGGAAGCCGAGAGAGAAGAGAAGAGAGAAGAAGACUGAGCUUGGGCUUGUUGGCCUUGCUCCCAGGGUGGAACAAGAGGCAUCUGGGCAACUGCGCACAGGCCAAGGAAACCUCUCGGAGAGGCAGAGCCCUCGGCGGACUGCCCGUUUUAGGGCAGAAGUGAUGGCCUAUGUUCAUGUCUCCAUGUGUAGCUAGCGAUUGUGGCUAGUUUGUAUUGUCAUGUGAAGUGUACAGACUUUUUUAAACUUGUCAAGUGUCUAUGUAUACAAUAAACUGUAGAAGCAAAGAAAACCCUAGCCAUAUUUGUGUGCUCAUUUUCAGUUUCGAUGGCUUUUUUUAUGAGGUCAGCCAGCCUUUGUGUGUUUUCAGUUGUCUCACCAUUUUUUGGCUUGAGACUGCAAGAGGGGAAAGUACAUUCCCAUGGUGGGUGAUUAGAAAAGGUAAGUAACUACCCACAGUUUAAAUCUAUAUGUUUAGCUAGCCUUUUUGUGGUGUGGAGGUCAGCAUUUAGUCUUUUGAUGGAUAUUUAGAAAAGAAUUCUCAGAAUAGAAUUUAGCCAAUGCAUAGAUAUCCAGGAAGGAUUAUUUCAGUGAUGUCAGCCACCUUUGCAAAUGGCAUUUCUAAGAGAAAAGACUGCCUGCCAUUCCUUUGCCUGUUGUGUAAUUUUUGUGUGUCUGUUUUGGAAAUGAAUUUCCAAGGUUUUUAAUGUGAAGGAUGAAUAACGCCUUUUAAAGUUGUUUGAUUUGGCCAACCUUUAUCUAUCUUCUCUAAUGGAUACCUAGCUUACAAAUGAAGAAAGGGUGAUUUUAGUGAUAAUCUUAUACUCGUUACAGAUCGUUGGAGAAAAGUGUCUUAAAGUGUGAAUGUUAGUAUGGUUAAAAAUCACAAAGGCUCUGGCCUUAACUAAUAGAAACACUUAACUGAAUGAUAACUUUGUUGUGCCAUUACUUGGCGUUAAGGAGGAUACUUGAGUCCUUGUCUUUUCUAGUCAAGUUGGAGAUAAAGGAAGUGGAAGUCAUUUGCAAGUUGUUUGCCAACAUUUAGUGCUGUGAUAUAAUGCCAAAGGUCUUAAGUAGAAAAUAACUUUGUGAAGGAAGUGGGCAUUGAAGGUCACAUUGAGUGUAGAUUGAUGGAAGGUAGUUUAUGUGAGCAUAGAAAUAGCAUGAGAAGGCAUAGAGGCAGGAGUAAGAGCUUUUAUGGUGAGUGAUGAUGACACCGACUAGUUGGAACAAAGGUGGUUGGGGUUUGGUUGAUGAAGGAACUUGAAUGUUGGGAAUUUGUAUUUGAUCUAAUGGGUGAUAAGAAAUCUUAGUGGGUUCUUUCUUGAUUGGAAAAGUAAUUUAGGUUUUUAGAACAAUGUUGAGUGAUGCAAGAAAGACCUAAGGGCAAGGAAGGUAUUGUAUCAUUCUAGAAGUGAAUUGAGUGAAGGGCCUGAAGAGAGAAGAAAGAAGAAUGAAUGUAAAAAAUGUGGGGUGAGGCUAUUAGAACUUUUAAUUUUAGAGUUCCGAAGGGACCUUACAGGUCAUCUGGUUCCAUCCUCUCUUUUUAAAGAUGAGGCACUAGGAUUAAGAGAAGUUUAAAGUGACUUGCUCAAGGUUACAUAGGUAGUAACUGGCAGAGCUGGAAUUCGUACAGAGAUCUUCUGACUCCAAAGACAGAUGGAUAUGGGGAGGCAUAUUCAAAGAUGGUAAGCUCGGGAGCCUAGAAGAAUGCAAAUGAUAGUGAUGGGAGUAUUGGAAAGGAGAAGCAUCUUUUUAAAGCUGAUUAGUUGAAUUUUGGACCUGUUGAAUUUAUUAUAUCUGGGCACCUGAGGAAUAUUAUCUUUUGGGUAGAUAAAUCUAAGAAACUGAAAGAUUUGAGUGGUCAGGACUGGAGAUUUUACAUAUAUAUGUAUAUAUACAUUUAUAUGUAUGUGUGUAUAUAUAUAUAUAUAUAUAUAUAUAUAUAUAUGGUGAGCAGAGGGUCAGGAACUGAGUCCUUGAUGCUCAUUGUUAGGGAGAAAGAAGAUAAGUCCAGUAAAGAUGAGAAGAAAAGUCAGAGGGCUAGGAAAAUUGGACGGUAUGGCUUGGAAAUGCUAGAGGCUUAUCAUUUUGCAAGAAGGUUAAGAGAACAUUGGCAAAUUCGGAACAGUGUCGAGGGAACGACAGAGAUGAAGCUUAAUAGCAAUUAAGGACUAUGGUUAGUGAACACAUCUCAGGUUUACCUUGCUGCAUUUUGUAACAUGUCCCUCUUCUCCAGGAGAAGCGUAUUUUUUGGGAAUUUGCCUGUUUUAUUUAUUAGGUCUGUUAUUUCUGCCUUGGGCUAAACACUGGGAAAUCUAAAACAAGACUUUUAGGAUUGGGAGUGAUGGCUGUUUUAUUUUGCUGAUUGCAGUGCUUUCUCUUCACUCUUUCACUUCCUCUUCAGCUGCAAUUAGGAGAAAAACUUUAAAAAAUCAACUUGGGGCCUUAGAUAACUUUCCCCUUCUUAAAGAUCUAAUAAAUUCCUGGCCACUCGACUGUUCUGAUUAUGGAAGAGAGGUGGAUGUUGGGGAUGGUUCUGGAAUGUUGAA